UUCCCCAUACCUAUAAGAGAACAGCGAUGGCGCAUGCGCGUUUUAUUCGACAUAGAAGCCCGGAGAAAGAGAGACUUUUGCUGCUGCGCGGAGGACGGUUUGUCUAGCAAGAUGGAGCGUGUGCUGUAUAGUCAAGUGCCUCAGCAGACGGCAAAACUCCUUAAUAUCCAGCCUCUGCAGUCGAAGGAGGCAGAAGGCUUUGUGAAAGCCUUCCUGAAGCGUAGCAUGCCCCGGAAGAGCGACGAAGCCAUCCAGGAUCAGUUAACCCGAAAAGCUGUCGUUCUGGAGCACGUCCACAGGAGGAGGAGGCGGCCAAAGAAGAAAAGAGCGAAAGGCUUCUCUGCAAAACAGAGGCGGGAGAUGCGACUCUUUGAAAUCAAACCAGAACACCAGAGGUAUGAGAUCUUUCUACCACUGCAUGAACUCUGGAAACAGUACAUCAGGGACCUUUGCAAUGGACUCAAGCCAGAUGCGCAGCCACAGAUGAUUCAGACCAAACUACUGAAAGCUGAUCUUCAUGGAGCUCUUGUUACAGUGAUGAAGUCAAAAUGCCCCUCCUACGUUGGGAUUACGGGUAUCAUCCUACAGGAAAUGAAACAUGUGUUCAAAAUAAUCACAAAGGAAAACAAGUUAAAAGUUAUUCCCAAGUUUAACAAUGUCUUUAGCCUGGAGAUUGAUGGCUUUAUAUCCUAUAUCUAUGGCAGCAAGAUUCAGUUCAAAGCCAGCGAGCGGUCUGCAAAGAAGUUCAAGGGAAGAGGAACGCUUGACCUAUGAUGCUUCUGGACUUUAAGAAACCGACAUAUUAUUUACAAGGGCUGGAAAGCAUUCAUAAUAGGGAUCUGCAUGAAAUUUGCAUGAAUUUGCCCGGAUUCAAUUCUAAGUUGGGCAAAUUCUUCUCGAUUCGGACGAAUCUCCACUCUGUUCCAUUGUUUGUAUCAACUCGAUUUGAAUUCUGUUCAAAUUCAAAUCAGUUCCAUUCCAUAUCAAAUCGAUUCAUGCACAUCCCUACUUCAUCCCAACACAAGCAAGCUGAAAACGAGAACAGAAUUGGGCAUAUCUGAAGAAAUACCUUUCCCAUUUUAAAUGAGGUAUGAGGAAUAUGCCUCACUCCUAACAUACCCAUGCUUCUGUAUGUUUGAAAGAUCUAUGUUUGAAAUCUUUGUAAAGCCUUUUUAAAAGUAAUAUUUAUUAAAGUUUCUUGCAAUCUG